AAGAAGGCUUCUUUUCUUCUUUUUCUUAAAGCCUUAUUUUCUUCUUUUUCUUAAAGCCAUAUAAUAGCAAUAGCGAAGUCAGAGGACUCGACGGGAUCCGUCGGAUCGAAUUAGCGGUGUCAUGUAAUCCAGCUGUCAGGACGUAGCACCCGUUCAUGACGCAUCAGACGGCGAUGAAGGGGUUUCUCCUUCGCAAAAGCAGGCAAGCGAUGUGUCUCGGUGACGCAGCGCCUUCCGCCGCGAAAGUUCCAAGCAGUUGAUGCGUUGGAGGAGGGAGGUGAGGAGGCAGGCGGUGUUCCCAGGUAACGUUUCGCCAUCCAAAGUUAGCAACUUGGGAACCUUGCUUGACGGGAUGACUCCCAUGUCUACUACCACUUCUUUCCAAGAUGUUGACUCUGUUGGCGGUCAAGUCCAACUCUCCGUCGCGGGCUAAUCUGGGGUUGGCUGCUCCGGAUACUAUCGAUCUAAGACUGGUGGUAAUGCAAUCUGACGCAGAUGCUAUACAUAAUGAAGUAGUGGAUGGCUUUUCAGGAGUUUCUUACAGAACUUUGGGAUGGAUGUCCAUCAAGUGGUAUGACUCCUCAUUCCUCAUUUAGUAUAAAACUACAUAGAAGAGCAAGCAAUCAAAUGUUCACAAAAUAUGAUUUUGAGAAGUUUUCUUUCUUUUAAUGUUUGUGCAACACUUUUUCUCUUUAUUGUUCUUUCCAUGAUUCGAUCAUAGAGAUGCUCUUAUAUGCUUUCUUUUGCAGGUGUACUUGGUUGUCUCUUCAUGGCUGCCGUAAAGCCUGAGAGUAUAUUUAGUAUGGACUUGCCUACUGUUCUUGCUAAGUUCCUUUAAGCAAGGAAGAUAACAAUAGAUUUCAGAAUUAUCACUGUGCCAAGAAAUGCAUUCUCUGGGAGCUUAUUCUUGUUCUUUUGAGACGACAUGAAUGAUUUAGUCAUUCUUUUAAAUCUUUGUGUAAUCUCCCCAACUCAAACAAGCUUUUCAUGGUACAGCUGAUGCUCCCUGGCUUCUCUACAACCUCAUCAAUGACUGUCUUGAGCUUGCUGGUGCUGUCAAGGUGGAUACCUGGAUGCACAUUGCGAGGCACACCCAAUCGUGUUUCACUCAAUCUUGCUGCUUGUGACAGGUAAUGAUGGAGAGAAGCUGUCCUUCCUCAGCUAACCUCUCUACCUCCUCAUCCUCCACAUCCACGGUCACCAUCACUGCCGAUGACCGCUCCACUCCUGCUGCUGGCAAUCCUUGUGGUCAGGGCGGCUGUGGCAGCUCUAUCAGCAACAGCAAGACAAGCAAUAGCAACGUACAGAGCUCACUCAGGUCCCUCAACAGAGCCUCCUACAAGAUCUCCAAGCCUGUUCAAAGAAACGCUGCCGCUGUCCCUGAGCCUAACACCGUUGCUGCUCCGGCCGCUGCUGCUGCGCAGCCGCUGGCGCCGCCGGGUCCUCAGGCGGGGACCAGCGUUGGUAGCGGCGGGGGAGCUCCGCCGUACCAGCCGCAGCCGCCGGUGUACAACAUCGACAAGAACGACUUCCGCGACGUCGUCCAGAAGCUCACCGGUUCGUCCGCGCACCACCAGAGCCGCCCUCCGCCUGCCGAGGCGCCGCCGCCUGUCCCUCCUCCUGCCGCUGCCGCGGCCGCCCCCACCUCACGUCUCCACCGCAUCCGCCCGCCGCCGUUGGCCCACCUCUCCCCCCGCCCUCCGGCGCUGGUCCCCGCUCCGCCGCUGCCUGCCGUGGACCCCUGGACGCGGCCACCGCUGUCGCCUCUGCCGCCGCUCCCCACCGUCAGCGCCGCGGCGGAAUCGCCAAUCUCGGCCUACAUGCGACGCCUUCGCAGCGGCGGCGGCGGCCCGGCCCCGUCCCCCACGGCGGCGCCCGUGCUUCCGCCUUCGAGUUCGCCGCUAGGGUUCGGAUGCCUGCUGUCGCCGCGGACGGCAUACCAGAUGAUGAUGACUGCACCGGCACUGGGGUUGCCGACGUCCCCAGGGGUUCAGCUGCCGAGCCCAAGAUUAGGGGAUUCCUGAAGCAAGCAACUUUCAUCCCUUAGUUCUCAGUACAAACCUCGACGCAGGCGGUAAAGGAACCAGCGGCCGCAAUUAUUUGGAGAAACAGAUUUCUAGCCUCUACUUUGGAUUCUCUGGUUGAUCUCCUUUGAGACAUCUUGCAAGAUGUUCUUCCUGUGUAAUGUAGCUAUCAGUAGCAGUUUACAUUUGAACCACAGAGAAAUGCAUCCCUCCAACAUUCUGGAUUGCAGUCUGGUAUGUAUUACCAUCAACAGAAAGUGGCUGUACAGGAUUAGUAUUAGAAUACAAUUUGAAAUCUUGGCAACCUCGCGAUCUUAGUUCUUUAGCUGUUUAAAAGGUUCAUUUAGAUCUACACUUGUAAUGUUUGUGUCAGUCUGACUUGUUAUCAAUGGGCACUGUGCUUAUCUAA